UAGUGCACAAAUGUCCGGAUGCUGGGUCUCUCUCUCUCUCUCUCUGGACAGAAUCGGAGAGGACUUCGUCUCUCUCGCUCUUCUUUUUCCAUCGGCACAGGAUACUCCUCCGUUAGGGUUAUUCUGUCAGACCUGGUUAUAAAAAGGAGAGAUUUUAGGGUUUCGAGAAGAUGCCGGCCACAGCAGGGAGGGUUCGUAUGCCUGCAAACAACCGGGUCCAUAGCAGUGCAGCUUUGCAGACCCACGGUAUAUGGCAGAGUGCGAUUGGAUAUGAUCCUUACGCGCCCACCAACAAAGAUGAACCGAAGAACACCCAGCAGAAAUCCGCAGAUCCUGAGAACGCAUAUGCAAGCUUUCAGGGUCUGUUGGCGCUAGCCCGUAUAACUGGCUCGAACAAUGACGAGGCUCGUGGUGCUUGUAAGAAGUGUGGCCGUGUUGGGCACUUGACUUUUCAGUGUAGGAACUUUCUGAGUGUUAAGGAGGAUAAGGAGAAAGACCCUGCAGAGAUUGAGGCUGCAGUUAUGUCAGGGUUGGAGAAAAUCAAGAGCAGUGUUGGCAAGGGUGGGGCCAAGGCUGACGAGAGUAGCGAAGAGGAGGAAGAGGACAGCGAGAGUUCUGAUUCCGAGGUUGAUUCAGAGAUUGAGAAAAUUAUAGCGGAGAGGUAUGGGAAGAAGGGGAGUGGCAAGAAGCAAUCAUCGACGAGGAAGAAAGACAUGGAUUCUGAUUCAUCAGAUGAAUCUGAUUCUGAUUCAGGAGAUAGGGAGAGGAGGCGGAGAUCGAAGAAGAGGAAGGCUCACAAGAGGGGAAGUACUAGGGAUUCAGAUGAUGAGGAUGAAAAUAAGAGUAAGAGAAGAAAGGACAGGAGAAGAAGAAAGAGGGAGGAUGAUGAGUCUUCGGACAAGGAUGCUGAUAGAAGGCGGCAUGGGAGAAAGAGUAGGAGGGAGAAGAGUAGAAGGAGAAGCCGACAUAACUAUUCAGAUGAAUCUGAUUCAGAAGUCUCGGUGGACACUGACGAUAGACGACAAAAGCGGAGGAGCAAGGUGGCAGCUUCUUCUGAUUCCGAUGGCAGUUUCUCUGGCGGCGAUGGCCCACGUGCUGGAAGGGGUUCUUCUAAGCGGUCUGAGAAGAAAUGCAGGAAGCGCCACCACAGAGAUUACGAGUAGAGAGAUCUGUCGGAAGCAAGACCCCUCGUUUCUCUGGCGGUGAUGUCCAGGCCUCGAACUCGUUUGUAUCGUUUCGUUAAUAAAUAAAUAAAAAAAACCAAAAGCUUCAAGCUUGUGAAUAAUGUGAUGCUGAAUUUGUGUUUAUCGUCAGUGUUUUCAACCCUUUGCUGGAACGCAUGAAAGGUGCUUACUUUUUUUUUCCAAGUCGUGAUAGUUUCUGUGA